AUGGCCUCGCCGUUCGCGCUCGAGCUGGUCCGCGCCUCCCCGGACGCCAAGGUGGUGCCGAUGCAGCACGUCCCGGACAGGUGGUGGGCCAGCUCCGACGCGGCGCUGCUCGAGCCGACCUUUGCGGAGCCCGCGGCAACAUUGCUGCACCUCCUGGCGGCGCACGUCCUGGGCCGGCCCGUUAUGCGGUGCUUGCAGAAGCUGCACUCUGGCUUCUACGCCGAGCCGAGCCGCCGGCCGACCGAGGCCAGGGCCCGCGCCGUCGCGCUGCGGUAUUUUAACGACGUGCGCCGCCUGGCGCCGCCGGGCCGGCUGCUCGAGUACGAGCUGGGCAGCGGGCGGGAGCCGCUCUGUCGGUUUCUCGGCAGGGACGCCCCCGACAAGCCGUUCCCAUUUGCCAACGAGGGCGUCGCUUAA